AGGAAAUACUUGCACACAAAGUCAAAGAAACUGAAGAAAGAUGGGAAGAGCACCUUGUUGUGACAAAGCAAAUGUGAAGAAGGGACCAUGGUCUCCAGAAGAAGAUGCUAAACUCAAAAAUUAUAUCGAAAAAUACGGCACUGGUGGCAAUUGGAUAGCUCUUCCUCAAAAGAUCGGUAUCAAGAGGUGCGGAAAGAGUUGUAGACUUAGGUGGCUGAAUUACCUAAGACCUGAUAUAAAGCAUGGAGGAUUCUCUGAGGAAGAAGACAACAUCAUCUGCAGCCUCUAUAUUAGUAUUGGUAGCAGGUGGUCUAUAAUUGCUGCUCAACUUCCUGGAAGAACUGAUAAUGAUAUAAAGAACUAUUGGAACACAAGAUUGAAGAAGAAAUUGCUUGGAAGGCGCAAACAGACUCAAUCUAGUAGACUGACCGGUUCAACCGAUGAUCCUAAAGUUCGGAAUGGAAUUGAAACCCUAAGUAAUUCUGCCAUUGAAAGACUCCAACUUCACAUGGAACUCCAAAGCCUUCAAAACCCUAAUAACAUAUCCAUGUGGCCUUGCAAGUUGAACCCAAUUCAAGAAAGGAUUAUGCAGUCUAUCCAACUUCUAAACGAAACAUCAAAUCCUCUAAUAAUGCAACAUGUUUUAAAUGAUGGUGCUCAAAAGGUUGAACUUUUUGGACCAUCCUAUAACAGCAUUCAACAAGCGUAUACCUCACCAAGUAAUAUGUUGGUCAAUCAAAUGGACAACUUCAUCAAUGUAGAUGAUGGGUCAUCCGCAUAUGUAAGGGGUCCAGAUUGCAUAAGGCAGACAGGCAUGGAAUUCCAGCAGUAUUUGGCUUUUCAGGCUGAAAUAGAUGAGAUGUUGAGCAACAAAAGAGCUAAUUCCAUAUCGGUGGAUCAGACACAGGCGAACGAGGUUGACUUUUUCAAGGACAUGGACAGAGCGAAGGACAUGAUGACUUGGUGGUCUAAUGAGUUCGAAGCAAAUUCAGCUUCUUCGACUUCAUGGGAUUCAAGUAGUGUGGGUGAUCAUCAAUCCCAACCAUACAAGUUUGAAAUGAAUUACUAGAAUAAAUACAAGCGACUUUGUAUAGCACAAUAAAAAAAAUCUUAAGAGCUACGUCCAACAAUCCCAACGUGGUGUGAUCUUGAAUGGAAAGUGUUAAUCGAAUAUACCAAUCAAGGGACAUCGAUCACUCUCCUUGGUUACACCCUCGCACCCAAUUUUUUUCAUAAACAUGUGGUACAUCCCUUCCGAAUUUAAGUUAAUGGUAUGCCUAUGUGUAUAUAGCAACUUUAUGAGUCGAAAGUCUUAUUGUCAUUUGUUUUAGUAGGCAAUAAUAUAUUUACCAGAAUACCAUCUCUGUGGAAAACCUAGAUCA